UUUGUGGUUCUAAGGCAGAACAACCUAGUUAUCUCUUUAGCUGCACGAGCAACAACAUUUCAAGAAGAGUCUCGCGAACACUGCGACCCUCGUGUGGGCUGUAUUUUUGCAAAUGUAACCCGAGCGGAGUUAGACACCUUGCAGGCAGGAAACCCGCAAACGGUUUCUCAUACAACAUAAAGCGUCACUCUCUAACGGGCGGCCACGUGACACGAAACAAGCGGCCGUUGUGUCUUCGUCUGUUCAGUUGGCUCGCGAGGGAACAACAGGAGCGGAUGGCUCAGAUUCAGCUCCCCGGUUUCCAGCUUUAAACCGAGAUUUGUUACCGCAGUCUGUGUUUACGUGGAAACUAAAGGUGACAGUGUCUUCGUAUGGAAUGACAACCUCACACAGAUAUAUUGAAUCAAAACACGCUGCUCGGUUUGCUGACAUGGAGUGGCAGACACCAGCUGUGUCAGAGAAGUUUCAAAGCCGCUUUGGCCGCCGGCCUGGAACAGUGGACAGUGGGGACACUGGUCUUGGCACCUCAGCAUCUGACAGCACAGAAGAUUUCUGCAGUUCCAGCAGCAGCAGCAGCCCCCCUUUCCAACCCAUCCGCAGUCAGAUCCCCAUACCCACUGCACAUGUCAUGCCAUCCACGGCCGGAGCCCCGGCCUCUAAGCCUCAGUCAUUGGUCCAGGAGGAUUCUCUCUCCUCUGAGGGUCACAGGUCUUCCUUUGGCUCCAGAACCACAAGUGGCUCCACUUCGAAGUCUUCCUCUCUCUCCAAAUCGGCAUCUUCGCCCAACCUGGAUGCUCAGGAUGGUGUGGGAGGUAAUCAUGUGGGACCAAAGCCAGACUGCCUGAACCGUUACCGCAGCCUUGUCAAUGGGCUGGACCACUCGCUUUUCCCCUCGGACCACACACGGAUGGAUGAGUGCCAGAGGUUCGACACACCUGCUGUGGAGCCUACGCUAAAUCAGUCAGCCCUGUUGGGGGGGUUAUGUCCUGAUGUCAGACUCCGAUUACAGACGACCGGGAUUAGAGACACCCCAGACUGUGUGUCUGAGGCUUACAGAGGAGGCAUGGAGCACAGCUAUAAGGUUCUGCCUGAAGCUAGGUCUGGGGUUCCCGGCACAGCAGAAGCCUCUAAUCAGAGGGGCAGUCAGCCUGGUGCGGCCGGAUCCGCUGGAGUUUAUGCAAACCCUCUCAGCCUGCAGACACAGGCUCUGCUGAGGGAGCAUGCAGGCGCCAAGGGAUAUGAGCCAUUGCGGCAGGACAGAUGUGGUGAACUGUCCAGCUGGCAGCAACAACAGCAACAACACCAACAUAAGCAACAACUGGAGAGUUUACGUAUGCAAGUGGAACAAAUGCAGCUGUUGAGUGCUGGAGUGGGCCAGUACCCGUCUCUGUACUCGACGCCCAUUCACUCGGAGUCUGGCAAAUGGGAUGCCCUGGUCAAAGCCAGUGAGAGUCUGCUAAAGGAGAAGGAGCUCAUCAUUGAGAGACAAAAGCAGCAUAUGACCCAGAUGGAGCAGCGUCUGAGGGAAAGCGAGCUGCAAGUCCAUGGAGCCCUCCUCGGCAGAGGAUCUUCUUAUGGGGACAUGUGUAUGCUGAGGCUACAGGAGGCCCAGAGGGAGAAUGCCUUCCUGAGGGCGCAGUUCACUGAGCGCACCGACUGUGUUGUUCUGGAGAAAGUGGAGGCAGAGCGCAGACUGGGUGCAGUUGAGGCGGAGACACGGCGACUAACUGACAGCCUGAAGGAGACCUGUGAGAGACAUGCAGAGGAGAUGAAGAAACAGGAAGAGAGGAUCCGCAGUCGAGACAAACACAUCAACAACCUGAAGAAGAAGUGUCAAAAAGAGACCGAGCUGAAGAGGGAGAACCAGCAGCGUAUCGAGACCCUUGAGCGCUAUCUAGCCGACCUGCCCACCUUGGAGGAUUACCAGAGUCAGAACAAGCAGCUUGUAGAGGCCGAACAGCAGGCAGCUCAGCUACAAGAGAGGGUACGAGAAUUGGAGGUCUGUCUAGAGACGAUGCGCUCACAACUACGAGAAAAAGACACACAACUGGAAGAUCAGAAACGCAGGGAGAGGGACCUGCUGACCACCAUUACUGAUAUGCAGCAGCGUGUACAGCAAGGCCUUGAGGAUGGAGCCAGACUGCCUUCUCUUGAUAUGGAGAAGCUCAGAGGAGAGAGCAAUGCUUUGAGAGAGGAGCAGCAGAGACUCAAAAAGGUCAUUGAGAAGCAGCACAGAAUGAUGGAACAGCUUGGCACCCAGAUCCAGGCUUUGGAGGAGCAGAUAUCUCAGGAAGAGAGCAGCUCGCAGGCUCUCAGAGAAGAUGUGUUGGCCAAAGAGCAGAAUAUGUUAGCUCUCCGCAAAGCCAUGAAGGAGCUGUCAGCCCAGAACCAGGAACUGAUGGAGCAGAAUCUGACCCUGCAGGAGCAAAUGAGCGAUCCAGAGCAGAGAAGCACGAACCAGGCGUCCUCGGCCCUGCAGCCAGCUGGGACUCGUCUGACACGGAGCCUUCAUGUAGAGAUUGCGUCCUGCCUCAGAGACCUGCGCUCCCUGUGCAGCAUUCUGACACAGAGAGCUCAGGGACAGGAUCCCAACCUGUCCCUGCUGCUUGGUCUCACAUCGCCUCCACCAGUGGCAGAGCAGGGCGAGGACUGGAUGAGCCCAGAGGUGCUGCAGAAGAAGCUGGUUGAAGCUCAGCAACUCCGUCGGGAUGUCGAGGAACUACGCAAUGUAAUACUGGACCGGUACGCGCAGGACAUGGGAGAAAACUGCAUUACCCAGUAACCUUGCCAACCGGGUGAUGUGGGAAACUUGCAUACGCCUCUGAAGCAUCUGAAACGGGCUUGUCUUUCAUGACUGGUUACUGAAUGUCAGAAAGAGGACUCGGAUUUUAAUUUUUAUUAAAAUGAGGACAUAGGAAAGCCCAAA